AUGAGUAGCGACAAUUACCGCGGUGACCCCAACGAUGGCGGCCCACUGGAUUCCGACGACUGGACCUCCUACGUUCCGUAUCCAAUGCAUGAAGCUACUCGCGAGCGGGUCGAAGACGGAGAGGAACAUGACCAGGAGUAUUAUGAUGAAAUUUUGAGGGAAGAAAUGGCAGAACAUGAGCGGCUUCAUGCGUCCGGCGAUGCGGAGGGACUCGAGUUGGAGGUUGUAUUGGAGCAAGUUCCGGUCGGUAAUGAGGAUGAUGAGGAUGAUGAGGAUGAAGAAGAAGAAGAUGAUGAUAAUCAAGCUACUGCCGAGGAGAGGGAGGGGGGUCAGCUACUGAGGAGAAUUGUGAGACUUGUUGGGAAUGGUGCCUCGGGGGCAGUUGGGUUGAGCCAGCGACAGAUUCUUGCUUUGCUGAGAGGGCAUGAUCUCACGGACUUGAUUUUUGAUGAUGCCGAGGUUGAUGAGAUGAUGUAUCAGCGGCGGACCAACAGACAAGACCCGGAUAGGUUUCCCAAGGUACCGAGUGAGGAGGGGAGGAAACUGAUGGAGUCGGGGGCGUUUGGGUCGUUUGAUAUCCGUGAUCGGAGGUAUAAGGAUAUCUCGAGGAGGAUUCUCGAUCGAGAGCUAGGUCUGGGCGGCAAGGCUGAGCAGCUGAGGAAUCGAGGAAUGAUGCUGCAACAGAUGAUACCGGUAUCCAAGCCAGAGAUGAUUAUCCAUUACGACGAUCCCGUUUGUUGCGGCCAGUUCUCCGACGAUGGCAACUUCUUUUACACCUGCAACAAAGACUUUAAAGUACGGUUAUACGAUACCUCGAAUGUUUACGACUGGAAGUACUACAAAACAUUCGACUACCCGUUUGGUCAAUGGACGAUGACCGAUGCCGACCUCAGCCCUGAUAACCGCUGGCUGGCGUUUACGUCGUUGCAGCCUGAAGUUGCGAUUGCUCCCACCGACCCGAAGGAUACCGGCGAUUCAUACACACUUAACUUUGCCGGAGGGCACAGUCAGCCUGGGUAUGGUGGGAGCUUUGCCAUCUUCUCCGUGAGGUUCUCAGGCGAUGGGCGUCAGCUUGUCGCGGGCACGAAUACCGACUCCGUGGUAGUGUAUGACAUCGAAACACGCACAACACUACAUCACGUUCAUGGGCAUAACGACGAUGUGAACGCCGUUUGCUUUGCCGACAAGAACUCGCCUCACAUCCUGUACUCCGGCUCAGAUGACUGUACGAUUAAAGUAUGGGACACCCGUUCCAUUGGUGAUGGCCGCCCAGCCGGGGCCUUUGUAGGACACACCGAAGGCCUUACCUAUAUCGACUCCAAGCAGGAUGGUCGUUACAUCCUUUCCAAUGGUAAAGACCAGUCGAUGAAACUGUGGGACUUGCGCAAAGCAAUGUCUACCUCCACCUUCCUUUCAACAAACCCAACGGCCAUCACUCAAUCUCCAGAUUAUCAGUUCGACUACCGCUGGCAAGAAUAUGACGACUCACGAUGGUAUCAGCACCCGCACGACAACUCAGUCGUGACUUUCCGUGGACACAAGGUUCAGAGGACACUCAUCAGAUGCCACUUUUCGCCACCCAACAGCACAGAUAGUCGAUACGUCUACUCUGGAAGUGCAGAUGGGCAUGUAUACAUUUGGAACAUGGACGCCACACUCGCGAAGACCAUUGACGUUCAAAAAGCCACAGAGCCAGCCACUGGAAGCAACGCGAGACUCAGGACGAGGCGGUAUAGAUUGCAUAGCUUCGAGAAUGACUGGAGUACUAUUGUGAGAGAUGUGGGAUGGCAUCCGAAUGCGCCGGUACUGGUCGCUAGUUCGUGGAAUGGCUCGGCGAAUGAUACGGGAACGGCAAGCGUGCAUGGGUACAACGAGGCUGACGAUGAUGAUGGGGAGGAGAGUGAGGAUGAGGGGAUGGCAAUGGGGAGAGUGGUGGAUGAAAAGUUAAAUGCCCCGCGGGUGGCUACUGGAGGUUGGAGGCAGAGAUAUGAUAUGUAA